UUUUUCACUUCUCUCUGUGUAAAAAAGUGUGUUCGGACAAGGAAAAUAAAAGAACCGACCAGCGGUUUUCUGAAACCCAGUGUUUUUUUAAUCAUCGGGGAACAGGUUCCUUUUUUUUCCUUAGAGAAAAUUGGAAAAGAAAUUUCUGUUUUGUUGGAUAGAAAAAGCUUUUGAAGUACUUUCCUUCGGCACAGGAAAAUGUGAGCAGGUCUGAGAAACAGUGUCAGAGAAGAGUUCUUUCCGGGCUGUGUACUUGGAAGUUACAGGUGACUGGCUUGGAGUUUCUGUUAAGUAUAAUUUAAUAUUUGCAUGGAGGAAAAUGCGGGUGUUACAGUAAUAGGAGCAGAAACUCCGUCAACUUAUCAAAUGGCGCCGAGGAUCGAAAAUGCCAAUCAUAUUGGCAGUGUCUCGAAGGCGGUGGAUGUUUCACCGGUUAGUGUUGGGUUAACUAGUAGCAUAAAAAAGAAAAAGAGAGGUAGACCUAGGAAAUACGGGCCCGAGGGGACAAUGACGAGGGCAUUGUCGCCUAUGCCCAUUUCCUCGUCUGCCCCACCCUGCGGAGGCGAGUUCUCGAAUAGUGGCAAAAAGCGUGGGAGAGGGCGAGGUAGCGACUACCAUAUUAAGCACAUGGAGAAUUUAGGUGAAUGGGCAGCAUCUUCAAAUGUCGGGGCGAAUUUUAUGCUUCAUGUUAUUACGGUCAAUGCUGGUGAGGAUGUUACGAUGAAGGUGAUUUCGUUUUCUCAACAAAAACCGAGAGCAAUCUGCAUCAUAUCAGCUAAUGGGGUAAUUUCGAAUGUUACACUUCGUCAGCCCGAUUCUUCAGGGGGCACUGUGACGAACGAGGGUCGCUUCGAGAUACUGUCCUUGUCCGGAUCCUUCAUGCCUACGGAAACUCAAGGAACAAGAAGCCGAUCUGGCGGGAUGAGUGUAUCUUUAGCAAGCGCUGAUGGCCGUGUCGUAGGAGGAGGAGUUGCUGGGCUUCUGAUAGCUGCCAGUGCUGUACAGGUUGUGGUAGGCAGCUUCUUACGGGGGAACCAGAAUGACCAAAAACACAAGAAGCAGAAAAUCGAGUUCAUACGAGCUGCACCGAACUCGAGCAUUGUUGUUGCACCGGCCUCCAAUGGCGAAAAAGAGGAUGGCAUAGAUGUAGCUUCGCCCCAACAGAAUUCCAAUGCCCUGAAACCAAACCUCAAUACUGCUACCUUCCAGUCCCAGAGAGAAAACUGGGUGACCGCCAUGCAGGGAGCGAGGAAUUCGGCAACUGAUAUCAACAUUUCUUUGCCUGCAGCUUAAUCUGAUAAAAUUAGAUUAAAAACCCCUGAUAUUUCUUUCAUCAAAGAGUAGAGAGUUUUAAGUGUUGUCGAAUGUUUUAAUGUAGGACAAAGCAGGUUUAACAUUCCUGAUAGAUAUCCAGCUGGGUUUUAAUGUCUCAGGCAAA